AUGGCCUCGGUUACCUUCUCAUCAUCUAGUCGCAGCCCGGAUUGGGUCGUUUCGCCAACAUCAAACGCCCACCUGACGAAUGACCGGUCGUGGUUUACCGACGAAUUCACCGAAAUCGACUCUCACAUCAGCAAUGCGCACGUAUCAAUAGCCAACAUUCCCGUCCGUGGCUUGGGCACUGUCAUCCUCCCGGUCCAACAGCUGGCCACUGGACAGGGCCAUACCAUCAAUGGAAGCAUGCGCCUCCAGAGAGUCCUGUACGUGCCCGACUACCCUUGCAACGUAGUUGGUGGGCCAAUCCGAUCACUCGCGACGAUCCACUUCAGCUCUCUGACGCCUCGAGGCUCCCUGGUCUAUGGCGAUGGUUCCGUAGCCGCUAUAUUCAUGCCCGGUCGCAACUUUUAUCAGAUCAUGCUUCGAAGCCCACCCGUCGGCCCGCCUCUCGGGAGGUCCGUCUUCGAACAACACCCUGAGUACGGCCACAUGGCCGCGUUUACAUGGGCCGAGGACGCGCAGCAGCGUUGCCUGUCCUUUCUCUCGGCCGGAUUUCCAAACCUUGCUGCAUCGUCAUGCGCCACCAACAGAGAAGUAAUGCCCAUCACCAGCUCUGUCGGCGUGGACGCUAGUUAUCAUCGCAGCAGAAAGCGUCGCGCGCAGGACGAGGAUUACGAAACAUCCCCAUCUACGCCCACAUCCCCUAUGAGGGCUGCCAAGAGACCGAGAGCGAUGGGCGAGAGCAAUUGCAGGGCCCGACGUAUCCUGCCGGCUGUCUUGCCAGCCCGAGGCUGA